GAGCACACCGGGAUUCUGCGGGAGGAGAAUAUUGCUCUGAGGCAACUUUUGGGAUAUAACCUCGACACCCUCCCUGCAUCGCCGUAUAGGCUGGCCUCAAUGGGGCAGUACCUGCCGGGCACUUCUACGAGGGACAUUCUCUUCGUCUGCGUCGAUGUCGAUACCGGGGGCGGUUAUGAGGAUAUCUUGCCAGGACAAAGUUUCCACAUUGGCAUAUCUCUUUUUGACACGCGAAGCCUCACAGAGCAGUCGCAAGACCCCAACGAUGCAAUCAAGUCAUAUCAAUUUAUCAACACUAAUUCAAAGCCAUGCAAAUGGGCUGCCAAGGCCUUCCUUUUUGGAGACACAGAGCUGAUUGAGCUCUCUGAUCUUCCGGCGAGGCUUUCUUUGCUUACCCAGGGACGCGAUUAUGUUUUGGUUGCUCAUGGAAUCGAUAUGGACAUCAAAUUCUUUAAUAAUCUUGAUCCCGAGAUUGCUAAUAGGGCUUGCUACAUACUGGAUACAGUCAAGGCCGCGCAGUUCCCCCUACAGCUCUACUAUCGGCAUAGCCUGGAGAACCUCCUCGACAAGUUCAACAUCCGCUAUGCAAAGCUCCAUGCCGCUGGGAACGAUGCUCAUUUUGCCCUCAAAGCGCUGCUUAUGAUUGCGGUUCGCGAUGGCCAAAUG